AUGCCGGCUCCAAUUGACCCGGAGACGAUCUACACCAAGCAAACAUGCAUCGGUGGCGGUAGUUUCGGUAAGGUGUUUAAAGGUGUGGAUAGACGCACCGGUGAAUCCGUGGCCAUCAAGGUCAUCGAUGUUGAAAAUGCGGAGGAUGAUGUCGAUGAUAUCAUCAGGGAAAUCGCCAUAUUGUCCGAGUUGAAAUCCCCCUAUGUCACCAAAUAUCAUGGCUCUUACUUGAAGGGAUCCAACCUGUGGAUCAUCAUGGAAUUCUGUUCGGGCGGCAGUUGCCAUGGUCUGCUGCGGCCAGGUGUGAUCCAUGAAGAAUACAUCGCCAUCAUUCUGAGGGAGCUUCUCCGCGGUCUGGAUUAUCUCCAUACCGACAAGAAACUGCACCGAGAUAUCAAAGCGGCGAAUGUUCUGCUCAGUGCCAGUGGUCAAGUCAAGCUGGCUGACUUUGGUGUAUCUGGGCAGCUGUCAGCCACGAUGACCAAGAAGAACACCUUUGUGGGUACUCCAUUCUGGAUGGCACCAGAGGUUAUCAAGCAAUCUGGUUACGAUUACAAGGCCGACAUCUGGUCUCUGGGAAUCACGGCGAUUGAGCUGGCUUGUGGUGACCCUCCGUAUGCUGAUAUCCACCCGAUGAAAGUGCUGUUCUUGAUUCCUAAGAACCCUCCUCCUACCUUGAACGGCGACUUUAGCAAGCCUUUCAAGCAGUUUGUGGAACUUUGCCUGCGCCGGGACCCCAAGGAGCGUCCUUCGGCUAAGGAGCUUCUCGAACAUCCGUUUGUGAAGCGUGCUAAAAGGACAACAUACCUGACAGAACUCAUCGAACGUGCAGAGCGCUGGCAAAUCACUCACCAAGGUCAGGAUGACGACGAUGAAUACGAGGGGUAUGAUGCCCAGCCUGAUCAAACUGUACAAGAUCGGACCCAAGAAAAAGAAGAUCUCUGGGACUUCGGCACUGUCCGUCCUGUAGGGAAGGGGCCGGCACCGCCAUUACGUCCAAUGAAAGAACCUGAACCAAACGCACGUAUUAAUGAAACAGAGGAGUGGGAUCUUUGCGACGAGACUCCCGCGCAAGGUCAGGCUACAUCCCGCCCACAACAAACAGCUCAACCCAGCGCUGCUCCCUCUCCUUUCCAUGCAUCUCCCACAAAAACCCCUCUUCCUCCCUCUGCUCCCUCUUCACCUCUCAAGCAGAGACCCUCUCAGACUGCCCUUCCUCCGCGCAAAGUCGUGACACCCAAGCCCAGUAGACCCGCAGAGGACAGCCCUCCCGCGCUAGGCCUCAACGAACAAUACGCACAGGCUGCUUUGAAGUACAGCAACCGUAUUGACAAGCCCUCUUCGCCAAAGCCGAGCCCUGCAGCCGGCAACCACGGCAUCUCAGCCAAACCAUCAUUCACCGGCUCUCAAGAGCUUCACCGCACUCCUUCCGCUCAAGCCAUCCGGAAGCCAGCUCCUCUCUCGCGCACUAUCGAUUCCCAAGGACCAGUGCCGCAGCCACAGCAGUCUCCCAGACUCCCUCAACCAGGCCUCCCAAGACAAACGGAGCCUCUACAAAACAUCAAGCCAGUCUCAGGCCUGAAAUCCAAGCGAGCACCAUCAAACAUGGAGGACCGUACUCCCAACCGCCCCGCCCCUCCAACCCCAUCCGAGAAAUCCCCUCGCCCUCUCCCCGAUGAUCGCGCCACGGCCUGCGGCUCCGUGAUCCUCCCCGCUCUCCGCGCGGCCAUGGACCGCCGCCGCAACCACCUCAUCCGCCUCGAGCCCGGCCAAGAGCAGAUUUUUGACCGCAGUGUUCGCGUCCACCGCGGCAUGGAGCAGGUCGCCGAAGACAUUGCUCGCUCCUUCAGCAACCUUCAGCGAUGGGACAUGGAGGACUCCAUCGACAUGGGUGGUGGUGUUGAUGCUGUUCUCGACGCGUUCCUCGAGGAGGUUCUCGUACGUCUGCAGCCAAACUAG